UUUCCAAUACGUCUCAGAACAGUGGGGAAGUUCCAGAAGACUGGAAGGAAGCUAAGGUGCCAAUAUUUUAAAAAGGGUAAAUAGGACCGCCUGGGUAAUUACAGGCCUGUCAGCUUGACAUCGAUCCUGGGAAAAAUAAUGGAAUGGCUCAUACAGGAUUCAGUAAAGAAUUAAAGGAAGGUGAUAUUAUUAAUGCGAAUUGACAUGUGUUUAUGGAAAAUAGAUCCUGUCAAAGUAACUUGAUUUUUUUAUGAGAAUAUAAGUUUGUUUGAUAGAAGUAACACAGUUGAUGUAAUAUACUUAGACUUCUGAAAGGUAUUUGAUUUGGUACUAGAUGACAUUUUGAUUAAGAAAUCAGAACGAUGCAACAUCAACAUGGCACACGUCGAACCGGAUUAACAGAUAGGUUUCAAAAUGUAAUUUGUAAAAGGGGAAUCUUCAUGAAGAGGGCAUGUUUCCAGUGGAUCGGUACUUGGCCCUGUGCUAUUUAACAUAUUUUUCAAUGGCCAGGAAGAAAAGGUAAACUCCUCACUGCUAAAGUUUGCAGACGACAGGAAGAUUAGGGGAGCAGUAAAUAACGAAGAGGACAGAGACCAUCGAGAUUGCCUAGGAAGGAUGUGCCCUACCUGAUCUCAUCAUACCAUUCACCACCGGGCACCUGACCCCUCCUUGUCAAUCGGCUCCACUUCUCCAGAGCACCAUUCCUGCCCUCUUGCUCUCCGUCCUCCCUGCUCCUCACCCGAGCAGCUGCAAUCUUCUCUCAGACACACCCACCUUGCUAAAUCUGCUCUCUGGAGUCUCCCCUAUCCAGACCUGAUCUCCUCUCCUGUCUAUCCAGGCUCUCUCCUCUCUUCGGCCCAGCUCUCCUCAUUUCUCCUCCACAGUCAGUCCUCCCCCCAGUCCGACCCAGUCCUGCUCUCUGUAUAGCCCUGGUCUCUUCGCUGCUUGGAUCAGCUCUGAUGUCUCACAAGGACAUUCUCCCUCUGGAUCCUGGAAGAACAUUUUUCUUUCACUCCUGCCUUGUAGCUCAUCCGCUUGCUGACCUGUUCCCUCCCCUUAUUCUCCUGGCUAACGGAACCUCCUGGGAUCCAGCUGGGCCAUUCGGGGCCUGGCCCUGACUGGAAGCUCCCUGCAGUUAGUUUGCCAUCCUGUUUUUCAGUUGUAUCCCUCAACUUGGGAGAAGGCUUCUGCGUCUCUUCCACCUCUACCAAGUUCAUCAAUGGCAAAUGCAUCACAACAAAAAGGUAAGGCGGGGCCAUCAGCUUCCAUUCAUGGUCACCUCUUCAGCACGGAGUCUACAGUUCCUGCUAUUAUUGUUGUUGAUUGUUUAUCCUGUGACAACACACAUUAUAGCACCAGCGCGCUAGACUCAGCAUGCACGUGACAGGAAAAAAGCCCUCCAAGGUAAGCACAGGAGGAGAGACAGUAGAGAAGAUGAACAAACAGGAAGGAGGAGAGAGAACAGUUUGAUAUAAUGAACAGCAGUCAAGCACACCAACUGCCCAAGCCCUUUGCAAGCCCCCCAGCGGAGGGGACUUUAAGGGGGGAUUUGAAGAAGUGCAAUGCAAUGGCCUGAUGAAUCUUCAUGGGAAGCAGUCAUGCAUAAAAGGGCAGAAUGAGAGAAGACCUGGAGGUGCUUGAGGGACAUCUGGACUAGUAGAGAGAGCGAGGUCAAUAUGUCAAUAAUGUGCAAGGGUUGACAGAUAGGGCAGGGCGAAGCUUUGAAAGGCCUCAGGCAAGGCCAAGCAGCCUGAAAUUGAUGUAGAAAAAUGAAUUCAUCUGCCGGCUUCUGGAAAAGGACGAGGUGGCGGCAGUGGUCAGUGUGAUGGGCCAGGCAAUUGCUAGUAAUUUGUGUUUCGGGCGGUGCCAGAUGGGGGGGCCAAUGGAUGCAGCGAGCUGGGAGGACACAGCAUCAGAACAGUACGAGGUUUGUGGUAGCAGCAUUUUGAACAAACUUGCAGGGGCAAGAUCGGGUCUCAAGUGGCAAGAAUUCUCUGCACCGUGAGGCACUAGGACUGUUUAUUGAACUGAGCCAUGUGCACUGACUUGCUUUGUAAAGAUAACAUCUGCCAAUUGACCAUGGCGAAUAGGCAGGAGUGGGCAGAUGUUGAAGGAGACGGGAAGCUGAAAUCUGUUUGUGUUAACGGGGUGGCUGUUGAGAAGACAUACAAAAGAGCAGCAGGCACUGAAUCUCAUGCUGGGCCUAUGGACCCUCGCCCUGGGCCUCACACAUCUCAUCAGAGGCAAAAGAAACCACACCCCAGAACCAGAUACAAGUCAGUCUCUGGUGACAAGCUGCUGGCUGGGAAAAGCAGGCCACGAGCCAGGCGAAGCUUACCACAGGAGGGAAGCAGCAUACCACCGGCCAAGGGAACCACAGCACCGGCCAGGGAGAGCAAGUCACAGGCUGAAAGGAGCACACCGGGGACUGGGGAGAGUGCUCCGCAGGCCAGAGAGAGCAGGUAUGAGCCAUAUCUGGGAGCUGAGACGCAUGUCGGAAGGAGUGAAUUGCAUGCUGGGAGGAAAGAGUUGCAUACCAAACUCAAAUUAGCUCCCAGAUACAAGGGGUCACCAGAUGGGAAGAACCAGUCGCAUGACAGAUGCCACAGAGCAGAGGUCGGGCGGCUAGAGUCGGCUGCUGGGUGUGAGAAGCUGGAUCCUGGGUGGAAUGAACUACCUGAUGAUUGGAAGAGUCUCCCACAAAGUGGACGAUGGUUGCUACUGGGUGGAAUGAAUUGGCAGCCAGAUACAAGUCAGGUCUCGGCUGGGACGGAGAAGAGGCUGCAGGAUCAAUACUUUGGGACAGCAUGUCUAACGCGCAUGACACUCCUGGUGGGAGAUAGUCCACUGCCAAGUGUAACAAGGACAUUCCCAAGAGGAACAAAUCAUCUGCUAGAUGGAAAGAGACAAGUCCUGGGGGAAACCAUACAUUUGCCUAGGUGGCCAAGCCAACCCCCAGGCAGGCCAGGCCAGCUCCAGGGCCAGGCAGGACAGCUCCAGUGUCAUACAACUCCACCCUUGGGCAAAAGCAGCUGGCUCCAGGGUGGAACGAGAUGGAUAUGGGAUGGGAUGAAUAAGUUGCCCAGUGGAACAAGCCAGCUCUUGGAUGCAAUCAGUCAGCUCCAGAGUGGGGUGAAUCAGCUGCCCUGCAAAAUGAGUCCGCUCCCAGAUAUAAUCAGUCAGUCCCGGGGUGGAACAAGCCAGCUCCCAGACAGAAGCAGUCCUGAUGUUUCGUCCUCUGAUUCCAGCUGUUCCCAUAACCAGCUUCACCCCAGGGAAGGGAGAAUGCUGUGAAUGCUGGGACCCACUGGGAAAGAGGUUUCCUAGGGGCAUUGGCCUGUGGGCAAGCCGCUGUUCAAUAAAGGACAGGACCAGGGCUCUCCGUCUGUCUUUGUCAUUCACUGAGAAGUCAGACGCUGAGGAGCUGCUUAGGCAGGGACAGGAGCAGAGCUCCCAGGGCCUUUCUGGCCUCCAGAGGCCCAGUGAUAUCCUGGGCAUUAGCGUGCUUAGGCACUGGCAUGUGGUUCAGCUGCAUAUUUAUACCAUGCACCUGUUGUGGACACUACAGACAGGAGGAUGUGGUCCUGCUCUUUGCUCACACACUAAGGUGACAGGGGUGUAUAAGAGCCCAGAGAGUGCCUGGCUUCCCCCGGUGCUGU